CCGGGGCGGCGCGGCGGGGCGGGCCGCGGCGGAGCCGGGAGCCGGGAGCGGGCAGCGCGGGGAGCGGCGAUGGGGAAGCUGCUGGCGGUGGCUCUCGUCGGGAUAGCGGCAGCCCUGGCGGCGGAGCGGCUGCUGGCCUUUCGGAACAGGCUCAAUGCUUCGCGGGAAGUAGCCCCGGUAACCCUCCCUAACUGCCGGCUCAUUAAAGGGAUCGAAACUGGUUCAGAAGACAUUGACAUACUUCCCAAUGGACUUGCUUUCAUCAGCUCCGGCUUGAAAUAUCCGGGAAUAAAAAGCCCUGCACCAGACAAGCCAGGUGAAAUAUUUUUGAUGGAUUUGAAUGAAGACAAUCCCAGAGCAGUGGAACUGAGAAUCAGCCGAGGGUUUGAUCUGGCAUCGUUUAACCCUCAUGGAAUCAGCACCUAUGUAGACAAAGAUGACAACGUGUACCUCUUUGUUGUGAACCAUCCCCAUCAGAAGAGCACAGUAGAAUUAUUUAAAUUCAUAGAAGAUGACAAUUCUCUUGUACACCUGAAAACCAUUCGACAUGACCUUCUGACAAGCGUGAAUGAUGUAGUAGCUAUGGGACCAGACAGCUUCUAUGCUACCAAUGACCACUACUUCUGCGACUUCAUCUUGAUGUUCUUAGAGAUGUUCUUGGGUUUAAAUUGGUCAAAUGUUGUUUACUACAGUCCAAAAGAAGUUAAAGAAGUAGCAGCUGGGUUUUAUUCAGCCAAUGGAAUUAACAUUUCACCCGACAGAAGGUACAUCUAUGUUGCAGAUGCAUUUGAUCAUAAUGUCCAUGUUAUGGAAAAACAUGCUAAUUGGAAUUUAACCCAUGUGAAGACGCUGCAGUUGGACACUCUGGUCGAUAACUUGUCUAUUGACCCUCACACUGGUGACAUCUGGAUAGGAUGUCAUCCCAAUGGGAUGAAGCUGUUCUACAGUGAUCCUGAAAAUCUGCCUGCCUCUGAGGUCCUGCGCGUCCAGAACAUCCUCUCGGAGGAGCCUACAGUGACGCGUGUCUACACAGACAACGGCUCCGUGCUGCAGGGAAGCUCGGUGGCAUCUGUCUACGAGGGAAAACUGCUCAUCGGCACAGUCUUCCACAGAGCGCUCUACUGUGAGCUAUAGCUCAUUGCGGAUUGUAAAUGAGAUCCACUCAGAGGCCUGUGAAUCAUGCCAAUUUAGCCAAGAGCUGGGAUUAAAAUAAUCUUUGGCACUGAGCAGAAGGAAGGAAAGAACAAGCAGGGCAAGGUCCAUGUCCCCCCGGCCCCCAGUCCGACCCAUGCAGCAGCAGCUCUCCAGUCGUGCUCCCCAUUCAUUCCUUCUGGAAUGACCAAGAAAUGAACAGGAAAGUGAGGACUCGAUACAAAUUCUAAUAAAGAUUCAGGAUUUCUCAUUUUAUUGCA